GGUCGGCAGUUCGCCCACGCGACGACCGCUGCGUGGUGAACGUGUGCCACCACCGGGACCGAUCACGCCACUGCUCGAAUUUUUUGAAGGUGCGGCCAAUUUAAGGAUAAACGGGGAGUGCGGCCAGAAGGACUGGUUAUUCUCACUUGACCGUGAAGCUCUGUCGGGGACCAAAGUGAUAAAACUUAAGUGGCGCAGGCUAAGGUCGUUACCACUAUCGUAUGUACGAUGCGUUCUCCGGCAUCCUGCGAUCGUCAGUAGACGAUGACCAUUCGUUGGCGUCGCAUCGUUCCUCGAUCGUGCACCUGAAUCACUCACUCUAUAACUAGGAAUAAACAUGUGGAGUCGCGUUUGGAUUGCUUUGGCCCUGGUGGCCGUCGUGCCCUGGCAAGUCUCUUCGUUGCAUUCGGACGCGGGACCAUGGGUCCAAGCCACGAGGGGCGAACUCUGGCCUUUGCCGAAAACGCGUAUUGUCAAAGAAGACUUCUAUUUAUUGCGACCGUCAAACUUCGACUUCCGUGUGAUCGGUGACACGUGCGAUAUCGUGACUGAGGCAAUAGAACGGUACACGAGAAUUAUUUUGACGGAAGCUAGGAUAGCAAGAUUGGUCACGGAAGGGCAGCCAAGAACAUCCGUUCGAGACGAUCCUCAUUUUAAAGGCACUCUUGAGGCUCUAAGCAUCCGUCUGUUGCAGCCUUGCGAACAGAACGGCGAACAUUGGCCACAUUUGUACAUGAAUGAAACUUAUAAGCUCGAUAUAAACGAGACCUCAUCGGUUGCCGUCCUAUGGGCCGAAUCCGUGUGGGGAAUCCUUCGUGGUUUCGAGACUUUUUCGCAAAUAUUGGCACCGUCUGGCGAUGGCCCGAGCUUGAAAGUAAAAUGCCAGACCAUCUUGGACGGGCCAAAAUUGCCGCAUCGCGGCCUCCUACUCGAUACCUCUCGCCAUUAUCUACCCCUAUCUGACAUACUGUUGACACUGGACGCUAUGUCGUACAACAAGCUAAACGUCCUUCAUUGGCACAUCGUCGACGACAACAGUUUCCCGUAUCAGAGCACCAGUUAUCCCGACCUGUCCGCCAAAGGCGCUUACCAUCACUCGAUGAUCUACACGCCUAAUGACGUGCAGAAAGUUGUUGAUUAUGCGAGAUUACGAGGGAUCCGAGUGAUGCCCGAGUUCGACACACCUGGGCACACUAGAUCAUGGGGUCUGGCUUAUCCGGAAUUACUGACAACGUGUUACGAUUCUUCCGGAAAGCCGAACGGUAAACUAGGCCCGAUGGACCCGACGAAUCCGGCUCUGUAUGACUUUGUACGAAAUUUGUUCUCUGAGAUCGUGCAAGUAUUCCCGGAUCAAUAUCUCCACCUGGGUGGCGACGAAGUACCCUUCGAUUGCUGGGCCAGCAAUCUGAGAAUUGUCGACUACAUGAAGGCGCGCAAUAUGUCUAAGAAAUUCGAGCUGCUCGAGAACGAAUAUAUAGCCAAGCUACUCACGAUCAGCAAUUCGCUAGACGCCAACACUAUUGUCUGGCAAGAGGUUUUCGAUAAUGGCGUUGUGUUGCCUUCGAGCACCGUAGUGCACGUUUGGAAGUUGCCACAAUGGCAAAAGGAGCUAGAGAGAGCAACGCUGGCAGGACAUCCGGUUCUGCUGUCAUCCUGCUGGUAUCUAGACCACAUCGCCAGCGGCGGCGACUGGGAAAAGUAUUACAAUUGCGAUCCCUUCGAUUUUGUCAAUGCAGGCAAUGCCACGCAUCUGAUGCUCGGCGGUGAGACUUGCAUGUGGGCAGAGUUUGUCGACAAAAAUAACGUACAUCCGAGGAUCUGGCCACGUGCGAGCGCGGCAGCCGAACGUCUGUGGAGCUUCAACAAGCAGGAUAACAGUGUCGCCGCUCGACGCUUGGAAGAGCACGCUUGCCGUAUGAACAGACGCGGUAUUCCCGCCCAGCCGCCGAAUGGAUCAGGGUUCUUUAUAUCUACCACCUUGUCCAACCUGCUCUACUUCUCCACCGAAAAUGGAAAUGACGUAUCUGCCACCCGCACCCACAUCACCCUCUUCGCCACCCUGCUUUUACGUUUGCAGCACGAAUUGCGUUCCUUGCACACCUUGCCCAUUACCAAUCUCGUGAAAGUUUUAAUCGAGAAGAAUUCUGGACAUAAAGAAUCGUCUGCACGUCCGAGCGCGGCAAGUUUGCAAUCUGCCGCCACGAGUCAUCAUCAUCAGAGACGCUCGCGAUCUGUAAAAUUGCCAUCCGUACAGAAUUUGCAUAAUUCAAAUUCGUCGGAUAAGGUCGCGAGAUUUAAGGACGAUCGAAUGGUAUUACCAGACGAAAUGCAGCCUCCGAAAACCAGAUUUAUUUCUCAAAGCAAAUCAAAAGAAGCACACUCGACUUCGUCGCCACGACUCAAGAGUUUCCCAGCCGAGGAGAUUAAGAAACUUGACAAUCCACCAAUGUUCUCGCCUGAGCCAAUCGCCGCUUUAAUUGUGCAGCAAGAUCCUCGAGAAACCGGGACUUUUUACACAAAUUCUUCUGCUAGAAAUAAUAACGGGCAUGGUGACGCAAUUUCUGUUCAAUUAUCGCAUCAACAAUCAAAACCACAAACUACAUGUAGCACGAGUCAGCAACAGGUUGUCGCUAACCAUCAGGAGAUUUGUCAAACGAAUCCGCAUUCUGAAAGCUUACUGACUCAACGAAUCGCGUCUCCCGAAAAACAGGCGCACCGUCCUUUCGUACCAAAUAUCCUCCAAGAAGCAGUCAUCUACGAUCGAUCACAUCGAAUCCCAUCCGCGAUAAUUAAUCAGCCGGUAAUUACACAAACUCCUUCGACACGAGUCGCUAUGCCGCAAGCACAAGAAUCUUCGAGCGAUUCGCGCGCGGUUGUCGACCAAAAUCGCAAUGAAUCUUCCAUGCUUGAGAACCAGUAUCAGAAGCAACCGAUCAGUGACCGAAAUGCAGCCAAUUACAGACAAAUGUACAUGCAAAUGCAGCAACAGAAACAAGCAACAAUCGUACAAAAUGCUAAUGUAUCACCAAAUGAUCAGACUGCGAAUAAUUGUCAAAAUAUUUAUCACGCUCAGUUUCGUGCUCCAUUCCAACAGAAUCUACAUCAGAUCAAUCAGCAGACACAACACAGCGCGUAUAAUCAACAAAUGUUGCCGCGAGCGUUCAAUCAAAUGCAGCCAAUAUCCAACCAGCAACAACAUAUACCCAACAAUUCAGGAAUACAUUGCAGUCAUUACAAUCAACAAUUGCCUAUCACGCAAAGCUCUGGACAAGGAAUGACUUCUCCGCAAGACAUGACGGUGAAUCAGAUGAGAUUAAUGCGGCAUAAUUUACCUGUCCGUCAACAGAAUCGCGGAUACCCUGUUAGCUUUCAACCCGCGUGGCCACAAAACGAUAGAUGGAUGCAAGUUACAAAUCAAAAUCAGCAACAUUUGCAUCAGCAGUUACCGUGGCAGUAUUAUUAUCAAGCGCACGAUGCCAAUUUCAAUCAGCAAAAUUCUGGUAGCCAAAAUCAAUCUAAUCCAUCACAGAAUCAGGCAAAUCAUAAACUUAUUGAUCAGUCAACCGCGGAAGCUCAUGGUCAACAAAAAGAAAAUAAAACAUUGCACUUUACGUCUGACAUGAUUCGCGAUCAGGAACUGCUGGUUUCCACCAUGAGGCAGCAAGGUGUACCUGAGGAGGUGAUGCGUCGUCAAUUUGACGCGUUACUGAAUGAGCAAAAAAGACAUCUAGCUUACAUUGCGCAGUUUCAACAACAAAAAUUAAAUAUUCCGGAAGAGAUAAAGAGGAACCGACUCGCUCGAAGAAGAACAGAGAAAGACGAAAAACCGGAAUGGAUGAUACAUAUCACGCCACCGCGAAUAUCGUACAGCGAUAUUGAAAGAAUGAAUGCACAGCAAAGAGCUUUGAACGAGCAAUAUCUGAUGAACGAUAAAUCAUCAGGUAAAAUAAUAGCUGAUCAACAAAGAAAUUAUCAUCAACUAAAAAAGGAGGAAAUAUGCAAUCAAGUUUCGCCUCAGCAAACGUAUGUUCAGAUGAAUCCUUAUCAGGUAUGGCAAGCGGCCAAUUGGCCAUAUAGAGAUGAUCAUCAAACAUCAUGCGGUCAUACCGCCUGUUACCCGUACAAUCAUCAGCAAAGUGCAUCGAACAAUGUAUGUCAACCAACUUUUAAGUAUGCGCAAUAUCCAAACAUGCGUUAUAAUCCGUAUUUUCCGCAUUCUGAGUCACAAUAUAAUCCAAGUUCAUUGAAUCCGCUUGACAAUCAAAGAACAUCAAUGGAUCCCGCAUACUUUUACCAGCAAAAUAGAAAGCCUACCGAAACUUCCAGUUUACUGAAGAUGCGAGUAUACAAGGAAAUAAUCUGUCCUCAAAAGCGCAAUAACGGUCUACAAGAUCCAGAUAACAUUCAGAAGAUGCUGGAGGCAUUGAAGGAUCCGACAAGUAGGAAGGGUCUCGAGUACCUUGCCAAUUUGGCCAAGAGGAAACCUAUCGUUAGAUUGAACGGUAUUCAGAAUUCCAACGAGAUUCCGGAAGACAUGCAACCGCGACCAUCCACAGAAACCCCCUCGCAGUCUCAGAAAAGAAUCCCGGCAAACGGUUUGGAGAACAGCAGAAAUCCGAACAAUCCGCCUUCGCGUGUCCUACGACCUAAAAAAGCCGACGAGCCUCUAAUGGCGGAGUACCCGCGACAAAGGCAGAACGCGAGAAAUUGUUACAGCAUGAUGCAGGCUGAAAAGGAGAACGGUACGAUGGCGACUUUGCAAAACCAAGGUGCAUUUUCCUAUGCGCACGGAUCAAUCCCUUACGAUCGGCAGAACAUACCUAUCGCGCAAGGAUGCCACGGCAACAACAACAUGAUCCUCCAAUACGGAGAAGGUGCUCCACCUCGGCAUUGUCAUCAGAUGCAGCAAUACUAUCUCAAUGGGCAAAACCUGCCGAGUCACAAUGGCGGACAGGGCGACGUCGCGUGUAUACAACAGCCGGAUGCACCAGGCGCGACGAGGAUCGAUCGCGCCGGCGGUGAUACCGGCGAGAAAUCGAGCGCCGAAGAGGCAAUGAAACGUAUAGGUGUGCAAACGAUGCAGGCAACGAAUGCUUACGGCCAACCGGAAAUCCGCGAGACAAGGACCAUCGGAGGUAUUACGUAUCUCGCCAGGAAACCCGAGUGUACCCUCAACAAUCUCGUCGUUUCGCCAGACAGAUUAAUCGCGAGCGAACACAUGCAAACCCCGAGAAUAUUUUAG